CCUCCCCCUCAGGCCCCUGGGAACUGGAGCCCCAAGUGUCUGACUUACAGUUCAGCCUCUCUGUAAUGCUGGCUCAACUCUCUCCUCCUCCUUUCUCCACACCCCCUACAUCCCCACAACUUUGGCCGGCCGCCGGGCGACACCACGAGUUAUUUCCCUGCUAUUUCCCAGCUCCGGAGUUCUUGGCCUCUGAACAACUGGUUUCCUCUAGGAGUCUGGGAGGAGUGCUGUGGAGCAAGAAGCAACCCGAAGCUAGGAGUCUGUCAGCGAGGGCAGGGGCUGCCUGGUUGGGGUAGGAGUGGGAGCAGGGCCAGCAGGAGGGUCUGAGGAAGCCAUUCAAAGCGAGCAGCUGGGAGAGCUGGGGAGCCGGGAAGGGGUGAGUUUGGCAGAGGAAGAGGCCUACAGACUACAAGAGAGGAUCCUGGCGUCUGGGCCUCCUGGGUCAUCACCAUGAGGCCACUUCUUGCCCUGCUGCUUCUGGGUCUGGCAUCAGGCUCUCCUCCUCUGGACGACAACAAGAUCCCCAGCCUGUGUCCCGGGCAGCCCGGCCUCCCAGGCACACCAGGCCACCACGGCAGCCAAGGCCUGCCUGGCCGUGACGGCCGUGAUGGCCGCGACGGUGCACCCGGAGCUCCGGGAGAGAAAGGCGAGGGCGGGAGACCGGGACUACCUGGGCCACGUGGGGAGCCCGGGCCGCGUGGAGAGGCAGGACCUGUGGGGGCUAUCGGGCCUGCGGGGGAGUGCUCGGUGCCCCCACGAUCAGCCUUCAGUGCCAAGCGAUCAGAGAGCCGGGUACCUCCGCCAGCCGACACACCCCUACCCUUCGACCGUGUGCUGCUCAAUGAGCAGGGACAUUACGAUGCCACUACCGGCAAGUUCACCUGCCAAGUGCCUGGUGUCUACUACUUUGCUGUCCAUGCCACUGUCUACCGGGCCAGCCUACAGUUUGAUCUUGUCAAAAAUGGCCAAUCCAUAGCUUCUUUCUUCCAGUUUUUUGGGGGGUGGCCAAAGCCAGCCUCGCUCUCAGGGGGUGCGAUGGUGAGGCUAGAACCUGAGGACCAGGUAUGGGUUCAGGUGGGUGUGGGUGAUUACAUUGGCAUCUAUGCCAGCAUCAAAACAGACAGUACCUUCUCUGGAUUUCUCGUCUAUUCUGACUGGCACAGCUCCCCAGUCUUCGCUUAAAAUACAGUGAACCCGGAGCUGGCACUUGCUCCUAGUGGAGGGUGUGACACUGACCAGCGCGCAUACCAGGAGGGCUGGCCCCCUGGACUAUUGUGAAUGACUAAGAAGAGAGGGAGCCACCUCUGGUCCCCCUCCUGGCAAUGAAUAGUCAGAGGCUGUCUGAGGUCAGGACAGACAGCGUGGAGCAGUUGCUGGGUUUCUGCCCAGGACUUUAGAAUGCAGCAGGCUGGCAGCUGUGGAAUCCUGGCUCAGGACUCCAAGAUGGGAUGCUCCCUUCCUAGUCCUGUGCCCCUCUAGGUCUUUGACUCCAUCUCUCCUGCUCCCAAGGCAGGCCUUUUUCUCAGAGGUCACUUAAUAAACCUACAAUCCUC